AUGGGGGAGGUUGAUACAGAUCCAAUCAAGUCUGUUCGAGCAUCUGUUUUCCAUUUUGGAGAAAAAUGUAGUCAGAUCAGAAGUCGGUCAAUUAGCGACGAUGAAUCAGAAAAAGAGAGAGGUCUUGAAGUUGUACUCCAAGACUUAGCCAACUGCAAGGUUCAGCUUGAAGCCAUGGAUGUUUCUCACAAGCAAGCUCUUCUUAAUCAGAAUCAGCUUGAAAAAACGAUCAACGAGCUCUCAAUGCUCUUGAAAACCUCGGAAUUUGAAAAGGAUAUAUACAUAAACGAAUGCAAGGAAGCAAAGGUUCGUGUAUCAGAACUUGAAUCAAAAAUCCAAGAAAUGACUAAUGAGUUGGCUGAGUUAGAGUCAACACGGGCUGACCUUAUUGUAGUCAAAAAACAACUCAUGGAAGCCACGGAUGCUAAACUUGAAGGCAUGAAACAAGCUGAGGUGAUGGAAACUCAGGUAAAGUAUAUCGAGUUAUUAGAGAUUGAGGUGACUCAGAUGAAGCAGGAACUCCAAAUCAGGGGCGAGAGCGAGUUGACCAAGUUAGAAACAAUGAAAAGUGAGUUGGAAGAGAUUGGUAAUAGAGAAAGGGAAGCACAAGUCGAAAUAGCAUUGUUGAAAGCCGAGCUUCAUAAAGGGAGAUCAAAAACUGCAGCUGCAGAGGCUGCUGAAUUAAAAGCAAAAGGCGAAAAAUCCGCUGCUUAUUUUGCUCUUCAACAAAUGGCACUUGAAAAUAAAGAGGUUAAAGAUGAAAACCAAAGAUUACAAUCUGAACAUGAAGAGAUUCAGUUCCAAGAUUCAUAUUCUGAACACGAGAUCACCAUAUCAUUAGAAGAAUAUGAAACUUUGAUAGAGAAAGCUGAGGAAGCUAAAGUUAAACGACCAAUGGAGUCGGAAAAUGAACAAGAAAUGGAACAUUUGAAAAAAGAUUUAGAGAAUGCUAUGGCAAGAGUGAGCGAGUUUAGGACAAGAGCAGAACAGGCAGCAACACGGGCAGCAGUGGCUGAGCAGGCAAAGGCUGCACUUGAAGAGCAGAUAAAGGGGUUGAAAGAACAGAAGCAAAGGCGGAGGGCAGCAUUAGCCGCUCUCCGAGCAGAAUCAAUGUCAAAAUCGAGUCGCAGUUUUGAUUAUGAUGUUGAUCCUAAAACAUAUAUGCCAUUAGGCAAGUUUCUCAAAAUGAGUAUCUAG